AUGAGUGACCCAACCCAACAACAAACCGGGCAACAACAGCCUGAUCCCAUCCAAAAUGCCCAAACCCUCCUCAAAGCAAAAGACGACACCUCCCGCUUCGUGGGCCUCGCCCUUCUCAAGUCAGUGCUCGACAACUCGGAGGAGUUGAGAAACAACAAAGAGGCAGUCCGCGGUCUCUGGAAAAGCGUUCCAUCAAAGUUCCUGGAUCGGCUAAUCAAGACCGGCUCCUCGCGUCAGCAACAGCCCGAAGGAGUAAUUCAGAACAAUGACAAGAACAAGAAUGCCCGGGACAUGCUAGAUCUGGCCGUGGCCAUCAUCCAUACCUUUGCCGCUCUGGUUCCAGAGGAAAAUAAACGAGACUCGAGGUUUACAGAGAGGAUACCGAAUUUGGUUGCGUGUCUUUUGAACUGUUCACCUGAAACAACCAAACUAGUCCUAGAAACCCUCUCCUCCCUCGUCACCACACCAGACGGCGCCCGUGCCUUCAUCUCCCUCGAAGAUGCCAGCACCCUAAUCGAAAUCGCCCCCUCGCAUCCCUUGGUCCUCGACAUCUUCUUCUACGCCUGGCUAAACGUCAUGACCUCUACCCAAGAAAAGAACCUCCUGCGUACCAAGAUCGACACGACCAUCACCGCCCUCGUCUCCUCCUUCAAGGGCACCGACGCCGUCACCCUGCUUGACUUCCUCGCCAACUUACUAUCCCGUCUCGAGCCCCAGGUUUUACCUCAAAACCCCCAAUGGCUACCCACCCUCAACGCCUUCAUCCGCAACCUUGUCUCCAGCCGCCCAACUCCAGCCGGAAGAGCAGCUUACACCAACCUCUCCGCCGCCCUGCUAGAAGUCUAUCCCACCAUCGCUCCGCAGUUGCUCUUCACCGACACCCCCCUGGACCCUUCAGGAAAAGGCAAGGGCAAAGACGACAGAGGAGACAACAGAGACAAAAAACCCUUCUCCUACCUCUUCAUCUCCAUCCUGCUAAUCGACAUCCGCUCCACAUCCCCCACUUUACUCUCCCAACUGAACAACCCUUCCUACCCUCAAUCAGCCCGUCGCCUAAGUUCCGCAUUCAACAUCAUCUCGCACUAUCUCGGUUUCCUUUUACGGUCUCUCGACUCUGACGACGACGACGACGAAACUGGCACAUCAGUCAUCGACCCCGAAUUUUCUGCUAAGCUACGCACCUCCCUCUCCGAAACUUUCUCCCUCACCUUAGAAUUCCUUCGCGACCGGUUCGAUGCUUCAGUUGCGGGGGCUAUGGGACUGGAUCCUUCUGCGCGUAGCGCGGCUGCUCACGAUUCGCGGUCUGGGGCAUCGCACUUAACUCUCUCGUGGGAAUCGAUGAGGGAUGGUGGUGUAGAAAGGGACCCCCUAAUCCUAGCAGCCAUCAGGGCGUUGGCGAUCUGGUUGCGAGAAGACGACAACGAGCAACUCCGAAAGGAAGCGAGUGGCCUGGGGGAUUUAUUUGUUGAACUCUACCACCGUAGCUGCCAAGCUAACCUCAACCCAUCCACUCCCAACCCCAGCUCCAACGAAAGAAACGAAAAGUUGGACUUCAGGAGACCAAUCCUAAUGGCCUUCGAAGGAUUAAUCGAAGAGCGCAAAGGCGUUGAUUCCUUCCUUACCAACGGGGGCUGGCAAGCUCUAUCUCAAGACCUCAUCACGAUUCUGCAAAACAGUUCCACGACAGUGGCUGAUGAAGCAGAAGCAUCCCGCGGCACCGAAAUCGUGCGCGUCCUCUUGCAAGUAGCAGAACAAGAACGGCCCGGCCCAAAAGAGGAGUGGUUAGAUCUCGUUACUCAAGUUGCUGCUUGGCCUGUUCCUGACGAGCGAGACGAUGAGGAGGAGGACGAAGAGAUGCAAGAUGCGGGACGGAAGGAGGCAAAGCUGGUGGUGUAUGAAUUCCAAGUUGCCGCGCUACAGCUUGUUACUGCACUUUUGGCGGGUAGUCAUCAGGGGGUGCAGAGACGGUAUGUACAUUCUACCAGCGCGGUGUUGGGGAUUGCGAGGGUUUUGAUGGGGAGGGUGAAGAGGGUGGGGGAUGGGGAGUUGGUGGAGGCUUUGGAGGAUGUGGAGGGGACUUUGGGUGGGUUGAGGUAG